AAUCGAUCGGACGGUGAGAGUCAGGCCGCUGUUCUGUCGCCAUUGAGCCGAGCUAAUACCCUCCCAGCAUAUGGUCUAAAGUCUCUGCUAGCGAUCCGGAAAAACAAACAAACAAACAAAACAACAACAAAACAACAUCCUUACGCCUCGUCUCCCCGAUCACUGCGCCCCACCCCCACCGUCCACCUCGGCGCCCGCAAUCCUCCUUCCCAGGCUGGGAAAAGUGCGGCCCGGGACCCCCGCAGCCGGGGCGGGUGGGGGGAACCUGCCGUCGGGAGAUGCGGCGGCGGCCGCGCGGCUACGGCGACGCGGGAGCUCCGGGAGCCGCUCCGCGCAGAUGAGAAAACUGCAUUUGAGAGAAGUUGAGUGACUGGCCUGAACUUGCAGACUGAUAGUUCUGUCCCAGAGACAACAAGUAUGAAUACCACAGACAACGGUGUCAACUGUCUGUGUGCCAUAUGUGGGGACAGAGCAACAGGAAAGCACUAUGGCGCCUCCAGCUGUGAUGGGUGCAAGGGUUUCUUCAGACGCAGCAUCCGCAAGAGUCACGUUUAUUCCUGCAGGUUCAGUCGGCAAUGUGUUGUUGACAAAGACAAAAGGAAUCAAUGUAGAUACUGUCGAUUAAGAAAAUGCUUUAGAGCAGGAAUGAAAAAAGAAGCUGUACAAAAUGAACGUGAUAGAAUAAGCACCAGAAGAAGCACAUUUGAUGGCAGCAACAUCCCCUCCAUCAACACACUGGCACAAGCAGAAGUUCGGUCUCGCCAGAUUUCAGUCUCAAGCCCUGGUGCGAGUGCUGACAUAAAUGUUAAGAAAAUUGCCAGUAUUGGUGAUGUCUGUGAAUCCAUGAAACAGCAGCUCCUAGUCUUGGUGGAAUGGGCUAAAUAUAUUCCUGCCUUUUGUGAGUUACCACUGGACGAUCAGGUGGCACUGUUGAGAGCUCAUGCAGGGGAACAUUUACUACUUGGAGCUACAAAGAGAUCCAUGAUGUAUAAAGAUAUUUUGCUUUUGGGGAACAACUAUGUUAUUCACCGCAACAGCUGUGAAGUCGAGAUUAGCCGUGUGGCCAACCGGGUUCUAGAUGAGCUGGUCCGACCAUUUCAAGAAAUUCAGAUUGAUGAUAAUGAAUAUGCUUGUUUGAAGGCAAUUGUCUUUUUUGAUCCAGACGCAAAAGGGCUAAGUGACCCAGUGAAGAUUAAGAACAUGCGGUUCCAAGUGCAGUUGAGUUUGGAGGACUACAUCAACGACCGGCAGUAUGACUCCCGGGGCAGAUUUGGGGAGCUGCUUCUGCUCUUGCCCACGCUGCAGAGCAUCACGUGGCAAAUGAUUGAGCAAAUACAAUUUGUUAAACUUUUUGGAAUGGUUAAAAUUGACAACUUACUUCAGGAGAUGUUACUGGGUGGUGCUUCCACUGAGGCUAACCAUCUCCAUCAUCCAAUGCACCCACAUUUGUCUCAAGAUCCAUUAACUGGACAGACUGUACUUUUGGGUUCAAUGUCAACACUCGUGCAUACAGACCAGAUCUCAACUCCUGAAACCCCACUUCCUUCCCCACCUCAAGGCUCUGGACAAGAACCAUACAAAAUAGCCGCAAAUCAAGCUUCAGUCAUUUCACACCAGUCUCUUUCCAAACAAAAGCAAUUGUGAGAGUAUGUUUACUUCUGAAUGGCACUGCAUAAAUGUGAAAAGUUUGUUGGUCUUAAAAUAUCUCAGGAUAGCACUUUUGGCAGACUCUUGGCCAAGGCUUCUUCAUGGUGCUGUUAUAAAGACGGUAUCCUGUUUUCUUGUUUAUAUAUUCAUUUUGUUUGUUGUUGCUAUUGUUUAAAACCUUUAGAUGCAACCAAUGUAUCGCUGAGUUUCAAUGCGUUUGUAUAGUAUAAACCGGUACUGUGCCUGAACCAGUUGAAUCUCGUGUUCUACUUUCAUGUGUUGUCUUAUUAUUAAUUUAAAUCUGUAAAUAAUUGCUUUAUGGUGAUAUGAUGAAGAACUAAGUGUUCUUCUUUGAGAACAGUAGAUCAGAAAUCCCAGAUUAAUAUUAAAUGUGCCAAGUUCUUUUUUAAAAAUAAAUUUUAAACUUGCAGAUUCGAAAAUUAAAGUGGUUGCUGUAGAAUAGGGUAUAUUUCUUCGAAGAAUCACGUACAAGCAUCUUUUUGGCCCAUAGUUAAAUAUGCCUAUAAAAGAUUAGAAAAUUAUAAAUAGGCAUUCCAAAGAUGACUGGGUAUUCCUUGAAAUCUGCCUAUAUUUGAAGAUGCAUGUUAAAGCAAAAUGGUAGCUUUAUCAGUUAAGAUACAGGCUAAAUUGUAUUAAAGAAACCCUUAAAAAGAGGCUCAAGCAAGACAGGCAUUUAUUUCUCUCUCAGAAAACAAAUCUAGAAGUAGUCAUUCUUUGACUAGAACUUAGCACAUGCCCACAUCUGGUUCUCAGGGACACUGGGAGUGUAGUCUUUAGGCAGAAAGCCUAGUGCCAACAAAGCUGUCCAUCUCUGGGAUUCUGAUAUCAGGAGACAAAUUAGCCAUCUGUCACACACAUGUUGCCUCAUUUAGCCCUCCUGUAAAAAAGGUAUUAUUUAUCUUUUUCUUAUAAAUUAAGAAACCUUUAGCUUAGAGGAUUUAAAUAACAUAACCAAAGAUCAUUAAACCUAAAGAGGAGGAAAGCUGCACUCUAGCCCUGGUCUGAUGGGCUUUAAGGAGAAGAAAUCUGUGGUAUGAAAAUGUGAGCUUCUUACUGUGGUUUUUAAAUAAACGCAAUUGAGUGAUAAUUGGAUAUUAUCCAUUGUAUUACCUGUUAACACAUAUUUACAUAUAAAUGAGUGUAAAUUUGUUGCAACAUGAAUAAGAAACCACUUUUGUACCUUUAAUGAAUCUUCUAACUUUAAUGAGUCUUCUUCCUAAAAUGGAAAGAUUGUAAAAACUUUCGAACAAAGAAAAUAAAAUGUAUAGCAGGUAGAUCAUGAUGAAAGUACAGACAAAUUAAAAUCACUGACAGCAUAUUUUCAAAAAUCCAGUGGACUGAGGAAUAUAGUUCUUUGGAGCCCCAGAUUAUUUGAUAUUAUCUAAAGCUGGAGCUUAUUUUAAAACAAUUAACAGUCUGCCUCAAAAAAGUGAUGUCUCUCUUUCUCUCUCUCUCUAUCAAAUAAAUACAUACACACUGUAUUUGCUGAAGCAGACAAAAACUGGUUUAGUAAUUAUUAAUGAUAAAAAAAGGGUUCCCCAAGCUUCAAGAGGCUGAAUUAAAUGAUUUUCACAGAACUUUUCAAAAUUUCUAAGAUUAUGAUUUCAUAGCCCCCACUUACCCUGCAAAUAAAAAGCUUUUGGUAACUGUAACUUCUUAACUCUUAAAAUGGGAAAAUGAUUACUUAGAAGCUAGCAUUGAUUUAAUAGAAUCAAUAAAAUCCCUUUAACAGCUGGUACCUGGAAACUGUAAAAUAUAUCUUUGAGAGAGAGAACAGAAAAAAAAUUAACUCAUUUUUAAAAAGAUUUAUGCUAGUGUCUCUAGUUCACGAAUAAGAAUGCUUUUGAUAUUUUAAGAUGGAAAUACAUCUUGUAGUUUUCUGUUGUGCUCUUAGAAGAUACUAAAAAAAAAUCUUUAAAAUAUAAAACAUAUAAUUCAUUUUUAGUGACCCUUCUAACUUAUCUGCAUCUAUUUACUAAAACAGUCAUGUUUUAGAAAUUAUUGCUAGCAAAUUUGUUUUAAUAACCAUGGUCAGGGAAUGUGUAAUAUAAUAUUUUUGUAUACUUAACUGCCAAAAACUCUGGACAAAGAGUAACUGAAGUUUUCAGCAUAUCUUCAAUAUAUUGAUAAGGGAAGUUAUUGCUUUUAUAUAACACAAAGACACUUAUGUAACACUUUUUUUCAGGUAAUAAAAAAGAAUAAUUUAUUGUGAAAUAAUGAUUCAUUUUAUAAAUGUAAAAUUAUUUUUAUAAAUUUCAUUGUUUAAAAUCAAAAAUUGCUAGAUUUUUUUAUUGAUAAAUUAUAAUGAGAUUAAAAUAUUUCUAAGCUGUGAUACCACGUUGUUUCACUGAACUUUCUAAAUAAAAAUUGAGA